AUGAACGAUACUCUAAUCGAUUACUCGCAGAUGGUCAAUUAUAACGUCGACGGGGUGGCGUUGGAUGUUUUUCUCCCCAUCUAUACUGAUGACAUGAUCGUGCAGGGGACACGGUGGUAUCCGCUGAUGCUAAUUUUCUACUGCAUACAAGGCGUCACUUUUGUGACUGGAUUUUUGAUUAUAUUGGUUACUCAG